AUGUCUGGAUAAAAUUGUGAAUAAACUGAAAAGGCUAUUUAAGAAAACUUAAAUUUAUAAGAUAACUAAUGCGAAAUCUAAGAUCACUAAGCUUUGAUUUAAAAAGAUGAAUAAAAAUCUCUAGAUUAGAUAGAAAAAGAUCAUAAUGUAAUAGCUGAAGGGGUUAAUAAAGAAGAUGAUUCACUAAGCAACAUUAAUAUCGAUUUAGAUUACUAGAAAUAUUUAAGCAAUGAAGAGAAAAGAACCUUAGAGAAACUGCAAGAUAAUACUCAAAUAAUUAUUGGAAAAUACAAAGAUGUUAAACAAUAGUCAUCUUAAAAAAAAAAUUCAGAUACUUUUAUGAAGGGAUAUGAUAUGAAUUCUCCUACUAGUAUGGAGAGUUCACAAUAAGCAUAGUCGUGUAUUACCUUCUAUCAAUACAAAACAGGAAAAUAAAAAAAAAAUAAUAAAAUGUUUGAUUCAGUAAAUUCAUAUCAAAGUGAUAAAUGCAAUGGGUUCACUUCAAAGAAAUUAGACUAGUCUGAGUAAUUAACACCUAAAAAUUAUAGUUAAAAAUAGUCAAAUAAUGGUAAAUAAAUUUAAGGAAAUGUAAGUCAUUAGUAAUUACAAAAUUAUUUUGAAGCAGUUUAGUAGAAUGUAUCAAAAAGAAUUAGUUUUAACAGUUUAUAAGAAGUUCAAUAAAAAUAAGUUAACAGUUUAAUAUAACCCUAAUCUAGUGAUGAAAAAUAAAUUGCUUAUGUAAAUAGAAGAGAAGAGUUAUCUCCUAAAAACUUACUUAAAGAACCUUAUUUUUAUUCAUCAGGGUUUAGUUUUGAGAAAUUUAAAUCAAGAAAUAAUCCCUAACAAUUUUAUACAAGCUUUAAAUUUAAAAGUGAUAAGAGCUCCUCUCCACAAUCUAAAAGAUCAAGAAGUAAAAAAUAAUCUUAAGAUGAAAUAUUAGAUCAUAAUUCAGAUUAAUAAACCAAGACUGAUUAAAAGUAAUCAGUGUCAAAACUGUAAAAUAAAUAAUAAUGUUAAAACAGUUCUUUGUUGAACUCUAUGCUUUAGUCUAAUUCAGUCAAGCACUCACUUGAAAAUUUAAAAAGCAGUAUAUAAAACCCAAUUUAAUUAUCACCUAAUUAAAAUAAAAAAAUUAAGUAAGCUAAUAAAUCGUACAAAGAAAAUGAAAUUUAGUUAGAAUAUAAUCAAAACUUGUAAAAUCAAAGUAAAAAAACAUUAAAUUCCAGCUCAAAGUAAAAUAAACACAGUAAUAAUUACUUAAAAUCUUAGUAAUCAUCUACAAAAAAAGUAAGUCAAAUAAAAGAAAGCUAAUAAAAUUAAUAUAGAUAAAGUUUAAUAACUCCUUCUUGUUUCUAUUUUCUAGAUGAAACUUCUAACUCUUCAAUCCUUAAAAAUACUUUAAUUCAAUGGUUCGAAAAUGAAAAAAUAAAAUUUUAAAAUAAAGUCGAUUCAUUACUAAUGAACUAAAAUUGUUAUGAUCAAGAAAAUUCUAAAAAAAAUAAUUAUGUUGUUAGUAACUAAGAAUUAGAUUUUAUGCAAAAUUUUUUAAUUGAUUUUGAAAUUUUAUUAACUUAAAGCAAUGGUAUUGUAAACUCUAAACUUGAGACAAAACUUUAAGAAUUUUUAAAUAACGAAGCUCAAAUUGUGGUAAACAGAAUAAAAGAUAAAAAACCAUCAACAACUUUACAUAAAAAUGAAAUAAAUUCCAAAAAUAAAUAGGAUUAAACUUUAAAUAAUAGUUUGUCUGAAAAUAACUUAAAAGAUCAAUAUAAGAAAGAUCAACUGAAAGGUUUGUCGUCAUAAGCUGAAGCUUGCUUUAAACUUACAAACAUAGAUUAAACCAUUUUCAAGAAGCUUUCUAAUGAUGAACAAAUAUUUAAUUAUUCAUUUCACUAUUAAAUACUUUUAGAGCUUGUCAACUAAAUUAAUAUAAAAACAUUAAAUGAACAAAAAUUCACAAAAGAAUCUAAUCUUAAGACUAGCCUAUUUUUAGCCUUUUUUUCAUUUUUGGCUAACUUUUUUGAAUUCAUACCUGUAGUUAAUCAAAAGUUAGAGGAUAAAACGUGGGAAUUUUGCAAUAAUCUUUUGACUAAAUCAGGAAUUAUAUUCAAUUCAGUACAAAAAUUACCAAAUUUGAUUGAGAAAUAGACAUACAAUCCAUAUUUAAUUUAGGAAUUUGAAGAAAGCUUCUAAGAAGUCGAAAACAUAGUUUGCUAAGAAGAUAAACUUCUAGAUGAUAUCGAAUAUGGUUUCUUCUUGAAGUUUAUAUAUUCAAUUAAAUCUUUAUUUGAAAUUCUAAAAAAUAAUAACAUCAUAAACUUUGAUUAGAAAAAACUAUAAUUGAAUCAGAAAAAAACAUAAGAAUAUUUGUAAAAAAGAGAACAAAAAAUAAAAGAUGGGAUACAAAUAAACUCUUAUCUAUAAAAGUCAGUUCUAGAAUAAGAAAAUUUGAUUCAGCAAUAAUAUGGAAUUAAUUUUCAAGAAUGGUCAAAUCAAAUUUUGUAAGUUUAAAAGGAUAUAAAUACUCUUAAAGCGAAAGAGAAAUAACAUAAAUGGCUAGAAGAGAGAUAAAUAAAAAAGAAAGCUUUGGAAAAAGAAUAAUAGAGAGAUUUAGAUGACUUCUACAGAUAUAAAUAGUUUGGUUAAUAAUAGCAGUAGAUAAAUAGAGUCAGCAAUCUUAAGAAUAGAGAGAGUAAAAGAGAAAGAAUUAACAACUCCACAGAAAUUAGGAUGAUAGAAAAAAGUCAGUAGAAAUAAAGAAAUAAAUCAAUGAUUUCUGAAGAAAUUGAAAAAACUAAAAGUGAGAUUUCAUUUAAAUAAGUGUUGAAAAAAUAAGCCAUUGAUAAAAAAAAACAAGAGCACAUAGAGUUUGUUGAAAACGUAAAAGAAAAGAGAAAAGUCAGAGAAUAAUAAAUAGAAGAGCUAAAAAAAGCAGAAAAAGAAGAGUAUGUUUGGAAGAGAGCCUAAUAGCUUUUAGAAAAGUAAAGUAAACUACUUUAUGAAAGAGAAUAAUUACUACAAAAUCAAAGAUUCUUUUGA